AAAAAGGGAGGGUGAGAAAAUGAGUGAGCGAGAAAGAGAGAGUGGCAGCAGUAGCGGAGGAAGCAGAGCCGUCUCUCCUCUGAUCAUCUUUCUUGGAUAGAGGGAUAAAAGACAGUCCCAGGAAUCAGUCAUCGCUCUCUCCUGCAGGAUUUAUCCAGCCUGUAUUUUAUCCUCCCUCCUGCCUCUUUUCACCUCUUCUUGGCAGUGGACCGCUAGCUUUUACAUCGUUCUCCGGCUGUCCGGACUCCAUUGGUGUGUGUUUGUGUGUGUGCAUGUAAGAAAGAGCUGGAGAAAGCGCGCUUCCUGCUGCUGCUUGGAAACCGACAGCGAGUGUGUGACCCUUUGCCCGGGGGAUCACGGGAAGGAGCGAGGGGGUCGAGAGCGGGGGUUGACCCUUGCACCUCUCUGUCUGAGUGUAUCUGUGUGACUGUCUGUGUGUUUGUGUAUGCGUGUGUCCUAGCUGGCUGGGCGGUCCCAGCCUCACGCUUGGUUAGCGAGGACCAGAGAGCGGGGAUGACAGGCUGAGUCCCAGCACAGCCUCCCUCACAUAGAGCCUCAUUUCUGGGUGGCUGCGAGGGCAAAGCCCCUCUCUUGCUCAGUCAUCCGGGACAGGACGACUGCCAGCACGUUUGAAACAAGUUACUCUCUCUCAUGACACUUAAACAGUAACCAUGUUUGGACUUAAAGCACCACUCUACUACUUGCCAGGCAUGAGCCAUGAGCCAAAGUCACCAUCGUUAGGAAUGAUCUCCACGGCGACGCGUACCACGGCGACGGUCAGCCCCCUCACCCCGUCGCCUCACAACGGCUCCAUCGUAGCCAAUGGAAGCCCCGCUACCCAGUCUGCUCACUCUGGAUUUGCCGCAGCCCUCCGUAAACUGGCAAAACAGGCUGAAGAACCUCGAGCUGCGUCCUCCAUCAGCAGUGAGUCCUCUCCAGUGUCCUCCCCAGCCACCAACCACAGCUCUCCAGUCAGUACACCCAAGAGAGGUCCUCUUGGUCCAGGGCCUGUCCUGGUUCCCCCAGCGGGCCACAGUGUGCCAAACACUCCACCUGUAGUCACCAUUGCUCCAACAAAGACUAGCAACGGCCUCUGGAGGAGCGAGGGACGCCAGGCUGACUCAGGGCCUCGUGGGGCCAGCAGGGAACGUCUGGGUGCAGAGGGGAACCUCCCACAGGAAAAGGGUGGCCCCUCAGUCCCUGCCCACCUCCUGGGAAACCCCUAUGCCUUUGGUCUCACCCCCGGUGCUGUCAUGCAGGAUUCACGGUUCCAUUCUCUCAAUCUGCCCAGACAGUUGCCUAAUGCAGUGCCCCCUGGUCAUGUACCAGAAGAGUACCUCCGUGGUUUCCGGCCCUAUGCCACGACUGAGGAUGCCCUCCGCAUGUCCUCUUUGCCCUUGGGCCUGGACCCCGCCACUGCAGCUGCCGCAGCUGCUUACUACCACCCCAGCUACCUGCCCCACCCCUCCUUCACGCCAUACAGGAUGGAUGACCCAUUCUGCCUCUCUGCCUUGAGGUCACCUUUCUACCAGCUGCCAGGAGGGGGAGCUUUACCUCCCAUCCAUCCCUCUGCUGUUCACAUGCACCUACCAGGGGUCCGCUACCCUGGAGACUUCACACACCCCUCAAUGUCAGCACUGCAGUCUGAGAGGCUUCAGCUGGAGGAUGAGCUGCGACAGAGAGAGAGGGAGCGAGAACGAGAACGUGAGCGUGAUAAAGAGAGAGAGCGUGAGGCUGAGAGAGAGAAAGAACGGGAGAGAGAACGAGAGAGGGAGAGAGAGAGGGAGAAGGAGCUGGAGAGGGAGAGAGAGCGUGAGAGGGAAAGAGAGCAUGAAAGGGAGAGAGAGAGGGAGAGAGAAAGAGAGAAGGAGCUGGAGAGGCAGAAGGAGAGAGCACUGAGGGAGAAGGAGCUGCAGGCAUCCAAGGCCAUGGAAAACCACUAUUUGGCUGAGCUCCAUGCCAUGAGGGGGCAGGAGGACAGAACCAAGCCUGAGAGACUCACCCCUAAUCGGGCUGAGAAAACCAAAGAUCCCGCACCUCCAGCUCCCAAACCAGUGCCACCAGGACUCCACUCUUCCAUGGUCCAAUCACAUCAUCCCAUCCCUGGUCUAAUCCCGGGCCACGGCCUCUACAUGGGGUCCAGUGCUGUAAUGACGGGGCUCUCGGCCUCAAUGAUUGCUCAGAGGACCAAUGAGGAGGAGAGGUGGUUGGCGCGGCAACGUAAGCUGCGGCAAGAGAAAGAGGAUCGUCAGUACCAGGUGUCUGAAUUCCGCCAGCAGGUUCUGGAGCAGCACCUGGACUUGGGCCGGCCCGCUGACACGGCAGAUCACAGGACAGACCCACACAGAUCCAUACCAAAUCACCAUGAACCAGGAAGCCGGGAUCUCCACCCUCACUUAGGCGCCCCUCCACCCCUCAUCUCCCCUAAACCUCCUCAGCCACCACGCGAACACCACCCUCCCACCACCCUGUGGAACCCUGCCUCUCUUAUAGAAACCCCCUCAGAGUCCCGACGUAACCACGAGCCCUCAGGGAUGGGACAUUAUGAGCUCAGUCGGCUGCCCCCAGGUUCCUCUAAAUAUGAGGAUGGAGCACGAAGGAGAGAAGGGGGAUCAAUGGAGAAGUAUCCGCCAAUGAGAGGUCCUCCGGGGCUGCCGGAACCCAGCACGUUCCUUGCUGAUCUGGAGAAAUCCACCCAGUCCUUCUUCAGCCAGCAGAGGGUGUCACUGUCUCUGUCAAGCCAGUAUGAACUGGAGGGAGCCAUGAAAAGCAAUGCUGGACUUAAGAGCCUCCAGGGACACCCGGGGCACAGUAGACACGGACAAGGGCUAGGAAUGGUCCCUGGGCCGGGGAUGGGCCAGGUAGCCACAGUGGGGGUGGGUCCAGACACGAUGCUGAUCUAUGACGACUUCCUUCAGCAGCACCGAAGGCCUGUCAGCAAGCUGGACCAGGAGGAGAGGAGGAGGAGGGAGGCCAGGGAAAAAGGUUACUACUAUGAGCUGGAUGACUCAUAUGAUGAGAGUGAUGAGGAGGAGGUGAGAGUCCAUCUCAGGAGAGUAGCAGAGCAGCCCCCACUCAAACUGGAUGACUCCACAGAGAAAUUGGACUUCCUGGGAGUGUUUGGCCUGACCACAGUGGGCCGGCGAGAUGAUCUGGUGCAGCAGAAGAGAAGGAAAAGGAGGAGGAGGCUCAGGGAGCGCAGCCCUUCGCCACCUUUCUCGCACUCAAAACGCACUCCCCCUCCUCCUCCCCAACUCAGCACACGCUUCACCCCUGAGGAAAUGGACCGAGCACCGGAGCUUGAGGAUAAGAAGCGCUUCCUCACCACGUUCAAACUGUCCCAUGUCACUAUACAGCAGAGGAGAGAUAAUAAAAGGGUGGUUGAGCUGCUUCAUGCCGUUAAAGAAAAAAGCGUAACCUUGGAUACCAUUAGACAUGCCCCUCAUCCGCUAUGUAAGAGUCCUCCAGCACAGAUUUCUGAUUCUGCAUUUGCCCAGCCCUCCUCUGAAUCAGAAGGCCACCACAUUGUCAGACCUUCUAGCCCCUCCUCACAUUGCCCAGCGUCCCCCAAUGGUCACCCAAAACCCUUUGGGGAGACAUUAAGACCAAAGGAACCCCCUUCUCCAGCUGUCUACCCAGACAAGGCCCGGGGGCCCGGUGAGGGACCGGUCUCUAAGAGGAGCUCCAGCCUACUGAACAGCUUGCGGCCCCCACUCCCCCUGCAGGCUAAAGAGGGCCCUCACAGCAUCAAUGGACGCACCAAACCCUGGGACAGCUUCACCCCGGAGGAAUUUGCCCAGCAGUUCCACGAAUCUGUUCUUCAGUCCACUCAGAAGGCCCUGCAGAAACAUAAAGGCGGUGCCACAGGGAUGUCGGAGACAUCCCACCUCCAGGAGUCCUCGGUUCACUACAACAUACCAGAGCUUCAGAGCGCCCCUGGUCGGCCGCCGCAACCGCAUUCACAAUCUCACCCAAAUGCACAUUUGUUUCCCCAUCCACUCUCACUGGCUCACCCUCAGCCCAACGGGCAGCACUUCUCUGUAGCCCUUCACCAGGAGGCCUCAGGGACGAGGGAGGACCUGUCUGGUCCAGAUGACUCUGAGGAGGAAGCGGAUGAGGAGGAAGAGGAGGCUCCUGCUUCCAAGUGGCAAGGGAUUGAAUCUAUAUUUGAAGCUUAUCAGGAAUACGUUGAAGAGCAAAGUUUGGAGCGACAAGUGUUGCAGAGCCAGUGUCGAAGACUAGAAGCUCAGAACUACAACCUCAGUCUGACUGCUGAGCAGCUGUCUCAUAGCAUGGGGGAGCUGAUGUCCCAGAGACAGAAGCUGGCAGUGGAAAGGGAGAAGCUACAAGCAGAGCUGGAGCACUUCAGGAAGUGUUUGACGCUGCCACAGACACACUGGCCAAGAGGCGGCCAUUACAAGGGCUACCCCCCCAGGUGACCCCAACACGCCGAGCUGAUGGCCCCUUCAGACUGACACCCAGAGUUUAUUUUUCAUGGCCUGGUCCACAUGUCUCCAUGGAGGAGAAUAUGGCUGGCUAGAUGAAUGAAUGAAUGAAUGAAUGAAUUGAGUGAAUGGAUAGAUGAGAGAUGAAUGCAGAGAAGACAGGACCAUUCAGUGAAGGAUGGACAGUCUUUGGACUGUGCCACGAGCCACUAACGUGUGCCAAUGUAGCCAACCCGGAGAGCAUGGGACAGGAACCGGAAGAUCAACACAAACACACACACCUAUUUGUCACACAUUCUUUCGUCCCCGCUGCUCUCUUGUUCAGUCCUUGCAUCCCUCACCGCCACAGCUACACAGACAAUCCUGCCAAUGAGGGAGCAGCUACCCCAAAAGGGGCGUCGUCGAGAGACUUGAACGCUUCAAAGGCUUCUGGUCAGUCGGGACUGAUUUGAUCACAGUGGCCACAUGAGCUUUUGAACUGGAAAUGCACUUAAGAAUAAAAGCUACCUGGUGGUACUGUGUUACAACAAAGAACUGUUUAAAUUAGGGAAGAACUUAGAAAAUGCACAUUUUUGGAAAGAAUUAAGGAAAUGUUUUAUUUCGAAAUAGAAAAUUUGAGAAUAAGAAUUUUAAAAGGUGCUUCAGCCUUGUAUUGUAAAUAAUAUGAAGACUUAAAAGAUUUUGUAUGUUUUUAUUACUUUAAUCAUUGUUCUUUUAAAGAAAAAGCCUGCCAUUUUUAUAUGUUUAUGCUUUUUUUGGGUGUUGGAAAAGAAAGCCUUGCUUUUAGUGUUUGUACUGCUGCUGGCCAGAACAGCUCAUUUUGAGACAUUGAACAGAGUGAGAGAGAACAGGAUACACUCUUCUUACUCCUGACCCAGCCACAACCACCUCAUCUGGCAUCUGAGCUCAGUAAAGCUUACUUAGGUCCUGAGACACGGCUCCCGCCCUCUCAUCCCCCUUCCUUCACAGCAACAUGUCUCCCAUCAACAACUCCUCUGGUCAGCGUCACUGCUGCUGUUAGCUCAUGAUAUUCUCUUACAGAAACCAGUUGAGAUCCACAGUGACAAUAUAAUAAUUUGUUUUGUUUUUUUACUUUGGUCACUUGACAUACUUGAUUUUGUAAAGACAUGAAGAGUCUCUUAUUAAGCAGCCAGCUGAUGAAACUGGUUUUUGAUGCUUUAUCCUCCCAUUGGACCUUUCACUUCACUUUGUAUGACAUUAUAUCACAUUAGGCUCAAAUAAUAUGACGGUUUGCAUAAAGUUACGCCUUACAAGCCCUUAUCAGCAGUCAUGAGGACACAGUGCCAAAAUGAAAAAUAAGGUUGCAUUUUGGAUUCUUAAUUUGAAAUUGAGUUGCAAUUAGGUAGCCAAACCUUCAAACCAGAAUAGCCAUCUUCCACUGCUGAUACCUUUGAUUCACUCAGCUUCUUCCUGCAUCCCUUUUUUAGGACUCCAACUAUCCAAAGUUCCCAACGUGUAUAAAUAACGGACUGGAAAAGUAGACGUUUUCAAACUGGGCAUUUUGUAGUACAUCUAAAAUCUGAAUGCCUCACACACUACCCUGUAACUCCUGUUGACUCAGCAUUAUGGUUGCGUGUGUGAUUGAAGACCCCAAAGGCCAGCAAGAAGGUGCACAGAUCAUCAUUUUGAAUUUAGGGGCUGCACAAGUUAGUGGUGGGACAGUUGGUGUUAAGAGUGAGUGAUUUCAGUAUUUCAUAGUAAAAAAAAAAAACUUUUAAAAUGUGCAGAAAGUUAAUUUAUAAAAACUGAAGCACACCCCCUACAUACAAUAUGCUAAUUACAAGUGCCUCAAGAAUUUGGGAGCAUGUGAAUGAGUUGCAGUCCACAUGGACAUUCUACACAACGCCAGUGAUCAGGGACUUAACAUGUUACAUCCAAGUGUCUACUGUAUGUCUCACACCUUUCAAAUAUGUGCAUGCCAAGAACCGACACAGAAUUCCUUUAUCUAAAUGCAUCUCUGAGAACCAAUUUAAUCACACCUUUUUAUAAAUGGAGGCCCAGUUCCGAGGAUCAGGUGGAUGCAGAGCGUAGUCUGUCAUUUUUACAGAGCAGAAGAGGCAUGCUGAGGUCAGCUGCCGAGGCCUUCCUGUGUCCAUCCCACGCACGCCCAUGCAAUAGCCCCAUUACUCAGUGGAGGAUGUCUAGAUGCUGUGAAAUCCUGUUUUUAAAAUGUACUUGUUUGAAUUCAUUGUAAUGUAAUAUAUUCUUUGUUGAAUGUAGUAAUUAGGUAUUUAUGAAUAUAUGGCUGUGAUUUCAGACAAAAAAGAAAAUAAAAUAUUUCAAAAAUGUUAAAUAUCAA